CGUCGAGGCUGCAGCUGCGAUGGUACCUCUUGUGCAAUGGCCACCAGAGCUUGCCUCUGCAAUAUCUACACGCUUGUGGGAUACAUUCGAGGCGUGUCAUGACAGGGAAGAGUUAUUUGUGAAGUGUGGCAAGGCCAUGGUCCAUCUUUUCAGCCACUCACUUCGGUCCCCUCUUUGGGUAGAGUGGGUUUUUUCGGAGUCUUGGCAUCGUUGGGGAGGGAGGAGUUGCUUCAUCCGUGAUGCAUUCAUGGAUGGCCGUAUCGCCUGCAGUCAUCUCAAGAAUACACAGCAGGAGGGUGCUCGAUGGAAGCAUAAGGCCGAUAUGCGCACCGCUCUGAGAACAAUGCUUGUCCACGGACAGCGCUACCGUCUUUCGCGCCCGGAUCAUGAACAAUUGAUUUGGUAUGGGGAUCUGCAGUGGCGUCAGAAUGAUGGGCACACCCCCGGCUAUGAAGAUUUUGACUGGCUCGUGGACUAUCUCGCGGACGAAGCGAUGAACGAUACAGACGAUGAAACAGUAGGCGAUGCUCUGCUUGCGUUGAGUGCCAUGCGCGGACUUGGAAGUGAUACCAAGCGCCACACCUACAUCACGGCGCUUGUCCGUUGCAUGGGUCCCACUCGACCUCCCCGAGUCCGACACGCUGCGCUGAGAAGUGUUUCUGACGCUCGAGGAGAACUAGCUUCCAUCACAAGUGGCUCGAUGCCACAGGGUGUGGAUGUCAAACUCCUGGACGAGCUUUCUCGCGCUUUUUUGACUGCUGUACGUCCGAAUCAGGACCAGACAAUGCAUGGCUUUGGAGCCGACGCCUCUUUUCACGAGGAUCGAGACCGUUGCUACUUCCGCCUCAUCUUUGCCCUGGUAAAGGAAGACGAGUGGCGUCAACGUCUGACUCGUGAUGGUCACCUGGAGCGGUGCACGUCUCUAUUUGGCGAAGGUCUUGCAUGCGGGUCUCGGACUCUCGAAUGCUACCUUGCUGGGAUCUUGACGUAUAUCGAUUUCCCAGGCAAUGUUCCUCCUUUCGGCCCUACCCAGGAGAGGUGGCGGACACUCAUCAUGCCACAAUGGAGGCGCUUGAGCUCUGUGAUGCUGCCUGACGUUGUCGAGGCAGUACCAGCCCUCGUGAUGGCCACGAGGCAGAAUUUGCCAAGCUCAGAUGAUGGUUCUCGAAGCAUGGAGUUAACAAGUCUCGCUAGAGAUGUGCACGGGGCUUUGGAAUCAUUGCAGGAGGAAAAUGCAGCUCUUCUGAAUUUUGGACUAGUGUCCCAGCCUGAUGCUGAUGCAGCACUAUCCUCCUUGCAGGGCUUCCAUGAUGAUCUGGGUCGUAUGACUGAGAACCUAGGCACUUUGCAAAAGGACACCGGGUCUCUGGGCUAUUGAAGGAAGUGCACUAAGUAACUUGUCCUGUACGUUUAGGCUUUUGUUAUAACACCAUGUUCGGAUAUCUUGACGGAUCUAUGUAAUAAUGUUAGUCGAAAGCGGCUCACGCUGUGAAAUUGAAAACAC